AUGUUGCGGUCAGGUGUGCCUGUAGUUAUUACAUUUACGUUUUUGUUUGGAUGGCAGUUGAGGUGUUUGGUGCUGAGUGCUUCGCAGUUCCAACACAUUUUGGAUGAUACGGGGCAGACCAGCAAGGCAUAUGCAGGUCACGCUGGCCAUGAACUCUCUUUGCUGUCUGGUAAGCGUCGUGGAAUGAUCCUGAACGAAUUGUGCAAGAAGGAGCUGGCGCGGCUCAAUCCGAACAGCAAGAUUGAAGAGCCGACCCCAGGAACUUGUUGCAACGGGGCUCGCAGGUCACACUAUCACUCUGAGUAUGAUUUCACCAUGGAUGGCCGCAAAGUUGAAUGCAAAAGUGCACAGAUGUCGUGGGACAAAACAAACAAGAAUUGGCGCGCUUUAUUUCACAGAAUCAAGCUGCCAUGGCCGGGUGUUCGUGACCGUGCUCCAUUUGACGAUUUGUAUCUCACACUCUUCAGCCCAGAUAGCUUGCACAUUAUCAGGCAUGACGUUCGGACCGGAGUUUGCUCGACUGGCAAGCGAACAGGAAGCAGUGGCCAUCAGAUCUUUGUCAGAGGUGCUGCAGGGCAAGAGUGUUGGCAAAUUGCGCGAUCUCAAAUUCUCCACAAGUUCCUGACAAAGGGUCACUGCAAACUUGUGUCUUACGUGAACCUGUCAGCCGUUGAAGCCACUAGCUGGUUGAAAAAUCACAUGGAAGGAAUGACAUCGUGCCAGGAUGAGGCAUACCACGGAGUGCCGCUGAACGAUAUGACGCCACGGUUACGCGGUUUACGUAUUGAGGAAAUAGCGUUCGAAGUGGAUCAAAUUCUCCAUCAAAAUAGUUCUUUUUCGAGAGAUUGUUCUACUGUAGACUGGAUUCGUGGAGGAGUGGCAGUGGAGGUCAAGCACGGGCAGAUGUGUUUCGUCAAAGUCCGAAGGUGUUGGGAAUGCGUGUUCUCGAACAUCAAGUGUGCAAGCAAGCAUGUUCGUGACAAGGACCUAUUUGACGAGCUUUGGCUUGCAAUCUACAGCCCAAUUGCCAUUCAUUUUUUCAAGCAUCCUGGUGGCAAAGUCCGCCUCAUGGCUGCAGGUUUGAAAGAGCAAGAUGAUGGAAGGAACAUAGUAGUGAGGGGAAGCAAAGACGUGCUUGGUGUCAGGGAGGCCCUGGACAACAUGCUCACAAAUAUGGAGGAAUGGGGCUGCCAUCAUGUUGCAACAGUUUAUUGGGACAACGGCCAGUGA